AUGGGGGCAUUUUUAGACAAGCCUAAAACAGAGAAGCACAAUGAAGGUGGCGUUGGCAAUAGACUGCGUUACGGCCUUAGCAGCAUGCAAGGCUGGCGGGUGGAAAUGGAAGAUGCACAUACAGCGGUAGUCAGUAUCCCCCACAACUAUCUCAAAGACUGGUCCUUCUUUGCCGUGUUUGAUGGUCACGCCGGAGCUAGAGUGUCCGCUGUUUGCGCAGAGGAACUACUCGAACAUAUAACUCAGAAUGAAGACUUCCGAGGCAAGCUAGACGUGACUGAUGGCACCGAAAUUCAGCCUUCCAUUGAAGAUGUAUUUGCUGGGAUCAAGAAGGGCUUCCUGAACUUAGAUGAGAAAAUGCGUUCCAUGCCGGAGGUAAUCAGCGGAGAAGAUAAAAGUGGAUCAACGGCUGUGUGCAGCAUCGUGUCACCUAAACAUAUCUUCUUUGCCAACUGCGGAGACUCGCGCGCAGUGCUGUGCCGUAAUGGGAAGUGUGCGUUUGCUACAACAGACCACAAACCUGUUAAUCCUAUAGAGAAAGAGCGUAUACAGAAUGCCGGGGGCAGCGUCAUGAUCCAGAGGGUGAAUGGCUCUCUAGCAGUGUCUCGAGCACUGGGUGACUUUGAGUAUAAAAACGUGGAGGGCAAAGGUCCAUGCGAGCAGCUAGUGUCUCCAGAGCCAGAGGUUUUUGUGGAGGAGCGCAACCCUGACGACCAGUUCCUGGUUCUGGCCUGUGAUGGCAUCUGGGAUGUUAUGUCUAAUGAUGAACUCUGUGCAUUCAUAGAGCAUAGGAUGAGGAUCACCAGCAGCCUGGAGGAGGUGUGUAACCAAGUUGUGGAUACCUGCUUAAUGAAGGGCAGCAGGGAUAACAUGAGUAUUGUGUUAAUAGCUUUUGAGGGGGCACCUACAGUAUCAGAGGAGGCUGUCAAAAAAGAUAAAGACCUUGAUGAGAGGAUUGAGAAAAAAGUCAAAGAAAUUCUUGAACGAGAACCUCAAGAAAAUCAUGACUUUGGAUAUGUUUUGCAUUCGGUAGCUGACGACUUACAUGAUCAGUUUCCCCCAGGUGGGGGGUUUCAGUGCAAAAAAUCAGUUAUUGAAAGUGUUUACCAUAAACUCAGGCCAAAUGACGAACAAGAUGAUGAUCUGGCAUGA